AUUCUCUUGCAAAAAUAAAAAAAUUUAAAACCAAAAAAAACACUCACUCUAUUUUCCCUUAAAAAAACAACCCUAACCUUCUUUCUAGAAUCCCUCUGUUUUUCUCGCUGAAUCUAUUUCUUGGUCUUCGAUUUGUGUUUUUCCUGUAAAUUUCUAGGGUUUCAAUGGUGUGAAAUUGAGAAGAAAAAGUGAGCUUGUUAAGGAUCUAGAGAGAAUCUGUUUAGUGUUUUUUAUUUUUUAUUUUUGAAUAGAGUAACCAUGGCCUCUGAUAAGGAGCUCGCAGAACAGUUAAUGGAAGCAGGGAACGCACUCAUGGACCCUCCUUCUUCGGUCGAUGAGCUUCUUCCUCUUCUGGAUCAAGUAGAGAAUUGUCUUUCAAGAGUGGAACAAUCACCAAGUCCGUCCAUGCAAAAAGCUAUCUCUCCAUCAUUGAAAGCAUUGGUUACAGAGCAACUUUUUAGGCAUUCAGAUGCUGAUGUCAAAGUUGCAGUGGCAGCCUGCAUUAGUGAGAUAACAAGAAUAACUGCCCCAGAAGCUCCGUUUGAUGAUGACAAAAUGAGGGAGGUCUUUCAAUUGAUUGUAUCUUCAUUUGAGAAUUUGUUUGACAAGUCCAGUCGCUCAUAUGCUAAGAGAACCUCAAUUCUUGAAACUGUUGCAAAGGUCAGGUCUUGUGUGGUGAUGCUGGAUCUUGAAUGUGAUGCACUGAUUAUUGAAAUGUUCCAGCAUUUUCUAAAGUCAAUAAGAGAUAAUCACCCAGAGAAUGUUUUUUCAUCCAUGGAGACAAUUAUGACUCUUGUUCUAGAAGAAAGCGAAGACAUCUCUACAGAGCUACUCUCCCCAUUAUUAGCUAGUCUCAAAAAGGAUGAUGAGAAAGUUUUGCCCGUUGCUCAAAAAUUGGCAGAGAAAGUGCUUGAGAGCUGCUCUACAAAGCUUAAACCUUAUCUGACAGAAGCAGUGAAAAAGUUAAACAUUUCGUUCGAUGAUUAUAGUAAAGUAGUUUUUUCUAUAUGCCAAGAAUCUUCUGAUGCUGUUGAGCAGAAUGAUUCUGUUGGGCAGAAUGAUGCUGUUGGGCAGAAUGAUGCAACUGCAAAUGAACCAAUGGCUGAUGAUGGGAAGCCAGCAGUGGAAGCUUUGGAUGAGAAACUGCAGGAGGAUGAAGAGAUUCCUCUGGAAGUGGUUUCUGCUGAGGUUGAUCUUACAAAAGAAAAAUCUCCAAAGUCAGUUGUUAGCAAUGGGAUCCCUCAACCCAACAAAGAGGAGACUUCAAAUUCCUUAGAGAAGCAAGAUGAAGGACAGCCUGCUGAUCAGCCCAAACAUACUGAUACAUCAAGCACUGCUGAACCUGAUAAUUUGGCUAUUGAGAAGGCCAAUACAGAAUCAAAGGCAGAACAAAGUACCAAAAACAGAGGGAAGACUUCAAAUUCUUCAAAAUUGACGGAACCUGCUGAUGGUUCAUGUGAUGAGAAGGAAACUGAGGUUAUUCCAGAGCAUGAUGGUGAAGACAAGGAUGCUCCUGGUGCAACUUCUGAUCAUAAAAGUGAUGGUGAGGAUGCUCCCAGUGCUGCUUCAGAGCAUAAAGGUGAUGGCGAGGAUGCUCCUGGUGCAGCUUCAGAGCAUAAAAAUGAUGGCGAGGAUGCUCCUGGUGUGGUUCCUGUGGAACAACCUGUUGAUGCUGCUAUAUCCUCAGAAAAUAAAGAAGAGAUGCUGAUUCAGCCCUCUUCCUCUAAGGCAACUGAUGGUGAAUCUGCAGAUGUUUCUCCCACAGCAAGUGGGAAUCUGCCUGAUGAGAGCCUUCCAAAAAGAAUGGGAAGGCCCAAAAAGAAACUGAGCCUUGUUAAGGACAUAACACCUGCUGAUGAUGCUUCAAAAAAGACAUCAGAAGGAACUAGUGAUUCAGAAGCAAAGCCAAAUAGACGUUCUGGGAAGAAGAUUGCUGCUGGGAAAUCUAAUGAGGAUAAAACUCCAACUGUGACAGAUGAAACUGGGAAAGAAAUUAGCACUGCUAGUGACUCAGAGGGAAAAGCAGGGAAGCAAGCAGCAAAGAAAGCAGAUGCCAACAGUAAUAAUGUUGAUGGAUCCUCUUCAAAGCAACAGGAGGAUAAGAAAAAGCGAUCUCGAGGGAAAGUUAUUUCAGAGAAGGAUGAAACAAAAACUUCAACUAAGAAUGAUGAGAAGGAAAAGGUUGCUUCUCCAAAGUCAGCAAAGCCAAGUAAAGAUGAACCUCGUGAAGAGACCCCUAAGACCAACACAAAGAGAAAGUUGACUCCUGGAAAAGAUAAAGCCUCUGGUUCUAUAGAAUCUGGUGAGAAUCUGGUUGGUUCCAAGGUCAAAGUCUGGUGGCCACAAGAUAAAACGUUUUAUGCAGGUGUUAUUGAUUCAUUUGAUCCUAUUAGGAAAAAGCACAAGGUAUUGUAUGAUGAUGGCGAUGAAGAAAAUUUGACUCUUAAGAGGGAAAGGUGGGAGUUCAUUGGAGUUGAUUCUGAAUCAGAUGAGAAAGGAGAAGCUGGCCAAGCAAGUCCUGAUUCUGCAUCUGAAAUGCCCCCAAAGAAGAAAGCAAAAACAACUAAACAGUCAACUAAGCAUUCUAAGAUGGAUAUUUCUCCCAAAAUGGGUGGAGGUUCAUCCAGCAAAUCCAAGGGUGCUGCCAAGUCAAAGGAAGAUGGGAAAGAUGAUAGCAAAUCAAAAGAUGGCUCCAAGGCUGUUAAUAAGUCAGAAGAUGACAGUGCCAGCAGAAGUAAGGAUCACAAGGCAGCUGGCAAAUCAAAGAAUGAAGACAGUGAUACUCCCAAGUCUAGCAAAUCUAAGGAGGACAGCCUUAGCACUCCAAAGUCUUCUUCCAAGUUGAAGCAAGAUGCCUCAAAGGUUUCAAAGUCCAAGCAGGAAACUCCCAAGCCUUCUUCCACUGCUAAGGGUAAGCCCCCUAAAAGUGGUGGCAAAUCUAAUCCUAAUGGAACUGGCAAGUCAAAAUCUGGUUCAUCUAAGGUGAAGGAGAACUCAACGGAUUCAACUAAAGGACAGGAAAGUGUCAAAGGUAAGUCAGCAAGUUCAUCCAAGGCACAGGCAAGUGAGUCAAAAAGUGGAAAAAAGAGACGGAGAUGAGCAAAAAGGCAGAUAGUUAGGAUGGUUCUCAUUGCAAUGGGAGUAGGGGUCGGUUUUGUACUGAGCAUAACAUCUUCGAAUGUUAUUAUUUCUUGCAGCUUUCUUAGAUGUUCAGUUUCUGCAUCCACAGCUUGCCAUACUUUUGGUAUUCCUGGUCAUCUUCAACAAUACUUGGGUGGUAGCUGUCAUAUAUUUAUGUAUUCACAAUUAGCGUAGUCCACAGUGGCUGUAGGGUUCAAGGUUUUCUCUGAUUUAUCCCCUAAUAGUCUAGACUAGAUGGCGCCAUGGUAGAGAACAUUUACAGCAGCCGUUUUGCUUGUCCUUUUGAAAAGGAAAUUUCCUCAAUGGAUAAUGUAGUAGAUUGACAAGUUGUCACAGCGGAGGUGGUUCGACUGUUUCUGCUCUUAGCAUCAUUUUACCGAUUGCAUAAUGUGUAUAAACUAAGCAUGCCGUAGAGAUUGUUUUGGUUUGCGGUUGAAUGGUGAAUGCGAAAGGUCUCG